UGUUCUGUUGAUGUAUUAAGAACGUUUCGUUGAUUAAAGUAAAGUAAGAAAUAGAAUUCCACUGAAUACAGCGGCCGAGAGGACGUCUGAGACCGUCGUUGACGGAUAUCGUGGAUCGUAUUCUGUUUCGUAUUCACCCUGUCCGCAAUCGAAUCAAGCGGCGGAGCAGCAUUGAAAGGUUAUUAAUGGCGAAGUGCGGAAGACCGCCGCGGGAACACAAGCAACGCACUGUUGAGCGUUGUUAGUUGUGUCGAGUUUGCUCCUAAACCGGCUGCCGCAAGUCAUUGCGACAUUGAAACAAUGACGGGCAAGCACGAACCACUAAGCAUGACCGAGCGCUGCCGAAUUUGCCUGGUUGACCAGGGCUGCAUGACUAAAUUACAAGACGAAUGCUUAGAAGCCAAGCUCAAGGACUUGAUCAAGUGCACUUGUAUCGACAUUAAAUACGAAGAAAAUCUACCAGGGCUUGUGUGUCAUGUAUGCUUGUACAAGCUGAAUAUGUGGAGUGAAUUUAAAGAACAGUUCAUACAAUCCAACAAGUCCCUGGAACAACUAGAUAUGUCAGAAGAGACUGAUAACACUAUUCAAGAUUCCUCGAAGGAUAACAGUUAUACAACGAAAGAUACAGAAAGGAAACGUAGAUGCAGUGAGGAUAAUAAUAUUGAAAAGAAAAAAACAAAGAUGGAUAUGUCUUCAUCAGAAGUUACUUGCGACACGAGCCAACUUAUAUUAGACACAAUAUGCAUAUCAGAUAACGACAGUUCAUCUAAGUCGAAAAAGAAUGCGAAAAAUGACGAAGAGGAUGCAGAAGGUAAAAUUUAUUCAGGACCAAUGAGAGCUAGAUUGUUACCUGCAAGACGUGGCAAAAAUAUCGAACGGAGAAAGGCGUCUACGAAGCGUUGGGUAGAGAGGAAGAAGGCACUUUUGGCUGCAAUAGGGAGAAAUGUUUCCGAUACAGAUUCCAUAGCUUCCGAUGAAGUACAACUAUCACCUGUGCAAAAGGCUCGUGCGAAGAACAAUGCAGAUAAAGAAACAGAGAAACAAAAGAAAAUAGCUAAGGUGCUGAAAAGUCUAGAAACGAGUCUUACAGACAAAUAUAUUAUUUGUGAUAAAAACGUAGAUUCCGACUCGCGUAGAAGUACGAGAAGUACUUUGCAACAGAAUAACAAAAAUUUGUUGAAUCAAAGUAAUAAGAAAAACACUGACGAGAAAAAUAGGUCUUCUCUAGAUAACUCGAUGGAAAAUCCCUCACCUUUGUUAACAAAUGAUUUUACAUUAGAUAAGAAAAAAUUCGAAACGCAGGAUGAUGAUGAAACUUUUAACUCGUUGAAAUCUGAGCUAGUAUUAGGUGAUACCACAUUCAGCAUAACGUUGAGUGUCGUGGAUGAUCAAGUAAAUUGUAGUAAUUCAAUGAAAGAUCCUAAAAGUGGUAGUCUUGAGGAAAGUCAAGAAAAGAAUACCGAUAUCUUUGAUGCGGUUCAAUUACGUAGAGUAAAUCCCGUGAUAACAAAAAACCAAAACAAUAGCAAAUCCAAUAAGUUCAUUGAAAGAUGUUUGAAUAUUGAAGUAGAAGGUAGUGAAUUGUCGGUUUUGAAACGCAUGCAAUGCGAAUUGGAAGAUUUUAUCCAAACAGAAAUGAAACAGAAGUUAUUCGAUAAGAGUAAUGAUGUCACAAAAACUGAUAGCGUUCAAAUAGAGCCUACUAUUUUCUUCCAGGACAAGCUCGGCCAGAAGUUGAAAGAUAUAAUGGUAAAAUCUGUAAAGAACAAUAUCGUGCCAGAAGACAAUAUAAACGAUGCAUCGGCCAGUCUGAGCUUCACGAAGAUUUCACCAGAGUCGGCGACGUUGCCAAAAUAUCAGCCGAAAGUUAUAAUAAAACGUCUAAACAUAGCAAAGGAGAGUAAAUAUUAUAAAAUUAAUAACGCUCACGCGUUAAAUCCGAGAUCGUCAAAAAGCAAACAUGCUAGUCCAUUCAUUACUCGCAAUAAACGUCCGAGCAUAAUUCCAGUAAGAUACGGUGAUUAUGCCUCAUUAGACUCCUAUUAUUCCGAUUCAGAUUCAGAUGAUGUAACUAUUGAGAAUGAAUGGUCUCCAUCCAAAACGACCAACUCAAAAACAUCCAAAAAUACAACGACGAAACAGAUCAUUAUCGGCAAACCGGUAGAAAAGAAACAAAAUGAACAGAAGAUUGCUUCUGAAAAGACUAUCAAGACAGAGAAUAUCACAGUUGAGAAUCAUAUAUGUGGGGUAUGCGGAUUAACGUUUUCCAGUCGCACAGAGGUCGAGGUGCACGUUCGCAGUCAUAAAUUGACACCGGGUACUAACGUCGUGCAGGUUACGUUACAAAAUAAUGAUACUGCUCCCAAGCCGCAGAAGCCACAACAGACUAAACAGAAGAUGAUGCGCUGCAAGAGAUGUCACGAGAUAGUUGAGGCGCGUUUUGUAAAGAUGCACGUAUGUAAAACGCUCCAUAAUAAGUGCUACAUUUGCAACUCCGGAUUCCGCUCGAAGAAUCUUUUCUUGAAACACUUAGAGAAUCACGAGCAUAACAAGAAAUUUAAACUAAACGUGAUCGAGAACAAAAAGUUGAAUAAUGCUGAUACGUUGCAGAAAAUGGCGUCUGCGUCGCCACAGAAGUAUCAAGAUCAAACUCAGAGAAGUGAAACUAUAACAAAAUCGCAAAUUACUAUAAACGAGAAGAAUGAUAUUCAGUCCGAUAAAAUAACCAGUACAGGUCUAAAACUGGAUAGCUCUGUUAAUACUGUAAGAAAGCCAAAAGAAUAUACUUGUUUUGUAUGCGAUAAAAUUUUCACAGAUGAGGAAAUACUGAAGGAUCACUUGCAGAAACAUUGCGACGAUGUAAGUGAAGGAGAACAAAAUAGCAAGGAGCAAUAUCAAUGUGCUAUUUGCGGCAAUAUUCUGGAAUCAGAUCAAGCAUUGGAAGAGCAUGUUAACAAGCACUUGUUUGACUACUCUGACGACAAUCCUAAUCUGAUUAGCAUGAACCAAGACAAUCAGAAUAAUAGUAAAUUAAAGGAAAUCGGCUUAUAUCAGUGCAGCCAAUGCUCAGAGACGUUUGAUUCGGAGAUAUUACUAGAGAUGCAUAUGCAAGCACACGAGGAGGAAAUUGCGAUAGUAGAGUGGGGGCAGCAAGGAAUAAAAAAAAUCUAUCAGUAUCAAUGCAUGCUUUGCAAUGAAUUAUUUGACAUGGAAAAGGAAUUGGCUGAACAUUUAGACCUACAUAAUUCAAAUGCGCAUGUAUGUCAAUUGUGUGACAGGCCAUUUCGCACGUUAGAGGGUCUACAAGAACACGUUGAGACUCAUUGGACUCAUUGAUGUACUCAUCAAUGUUUUAUAUGAACAUAUUAAUAAAAAGUACGAAAUGUCUUUAAUAUAAUAACGA